AUGCUAUUUCUACUGCUGCGAAGAGUUAAAUUAUCCUCCCCACCAUGUCGUUUUACAGGCCGUGCCCUGUCGUCACAAAAAGUGCAUCAAUCUACAUAUGGGGGUGUUGUUGCGAUCCACAUCGACUUGCAACGCCAUGAUAUCAACCAGUGCACCGCACAUGGGGAUUUCUUUAGUGGAACUAACCGAUGUCAACCGGAAACCACCAAGUGCAUUCCUAUCCCCGGGCGGGGGUUUAGUGUGGGAGCGUACAAGUGCCAAUGUAAGAAGGGAUACUACUUCCCCAACAUUACUGCCAACGUCUCCUAUUUUGACGGGCUGGAAAUGGAGAGAGUUUACUUCAGUGACCUUCAAAAAAACAAGAACUCCAGCUUUAGUGAGGAGUUCCAGUGUCUUCCAUGCAAGAGAGGUUGUGACCAAUGCGUUGACGACAGUCCCUGUCUUGUAGAAUAUGACUUCCGGUUGAUGAGAGGCAUUCCGCUGGGAAUACAGAGCUUCUGUAUGACGAUUGUUCUUAUAAUUGGCAUUGUUAUUAUUCGCAUACGAAAGAAGAAGGCCAUUAAAGUAAGUAUGUGGAUCAUGUUGGAAAUCAUCUUGUUUGGAGCCCUACUUAUGUACACUUCGGUGGUUGUCCAAUACUUUGAGCCUACGACUCUGACCUGUAUAUUGGUCCCGUGGUUUAGAGAAGUAGGAUUUGCUAUAGUAUUUGGGGCACUUAUUUUGAAAAUUUACAGGUUUCUUGCAGAGUUUCAGACGCGGAGGGCCAGACGCGUCCAUAUACGAGACAAAGACUUACUUAAGUACCUUUUAGGGCUGGUGAUAAUUGUAUUAGGGUAUAUGUGCGCGUGGACUGCGGCUAAUUUCCAGCAUGAGCACGACGGCAGCUCUCUGACGGAAAUGGGGAUGAUUGCUGAAGGAACACAGUUCGUCGUCUGCAAAUCGCAUUGGUGGGAUUAUAUUAUUGAAGUCGCGGAGUUUCUAUUCCUAUGUUGUGGAAUCUACCUCUGCUACUGUAUACGUAGUGCACCAUCACUGUUUGCAGAGACCAGAUACAUCUCCUGGGCCAUUUAUAACGAAACCGUCAUCUCAGCCAUACUACAUGUAGCCAGACACUUUUUGUUAACGAUCCUGCAUCCUGACUAUAUGUUCCUCAUGUACUUCCUCCGCUGCCAUCUAACGGUGUCCGUGACUCUGGUGCUGGUCUUCGGGCCAAAGCUUUGGUACACUCAUCGACCACCUAAGACGGACUUCAGGGGCAGGGCGUUCUCAGACGUCGAUGAAAUCACCAAGCUCCGAAUGGGUCUGACUCUUAACGGAGAGGUGACGGACAUGAACAUUGCAGAGAUGGAUCCAGAAGAGAUAAAGGGAGAAUUAAAGAGACUUUACACCCAGCUGCAAAUCUUUAAAACAAAAUCUAUGCGAAAAGACAAUCCUCAUAUAUCGAAGCGCAGAGGCGGAAGAAAGCCGACUCAUAGACGUUUUUCUUUGCAACCUUUCGCACACCAUCACAAACAUUCUCGACAUCGUGAUCACGAGCACGAGUAUGAAAUGUCAAGGACACCGGAAGAAUCUACGAACAGUGCCGAAGGAAUCACGAUUAUAGUCGAAGACACCACAAACGGUGAACACGACGAAGCACAAUCCACGUCUCACCAAGCACAAUGUCUUCAAAAGGAAUCUUCUCCUGGUCCCACUGUAACAUUCAAACCAGGAACCAAGAGGUGUUGAGGAUGAUUUAAAACAUAUUGUUUUUUUUCUUAACCCUGUUCGUUUUAAAGGUUGCGACAUAAGUGUCCAUUUAAAUGUUUCUGUGCUGUAACAGUAGUGGCAUCAGAAUGGUGGAAAGCAUGAUGUUGCUCUUGGUCAACCAUUAAGAUUAUUUAAAGGUAAAUGUUACAUAUAAAUAUAUAAACAUCUUUGACGGCCAUUAUGUAUCUGUCUUGAUACCAAGAGAGAGUCACUUGAGUAAAAGUCUCAUGGAUUUUCUUCCAUAUCCAUUUUCGUGGAACUUUUGUAAUGUGUAUCCAUGGGAAAAGACACCUAUUCAGGAUCUAUUUCUUUCAUUCAUGUUGUGAUUUCAAAAUGGAGAAUUUUUAUGAGAAGGUGUGAGAGCUUCUGACAAAUCAGACUGAUGCUGUUUGUACAUAAACUGUUAACUCAUUCUCGUGCAUGCUGUUGUACUCGGAUUAACAGGAUAACCGUGUAGAGGCUAGCUUAGAGGCGUAAAACAAAAUACAUUAUCCGAAAAAAAUGAUAAUCGUGUUUGAACGGCAGGGGUGAAAUUCCUCUCUCGUUUAGUGACAUCGCAAUUAUUUUUCAGUUUUAUUUUCCUUAAAAUAUAAAAUU